UCUAGACGUGAAUCCAGGGGCUUGCAAUAUAAUCAGGCCCAACAACUCAAAGAAUAAAAAGUAACCACCCUUCUCCCCCUAGUCUUUCGGUUGACGGCUGCUCUUUUCAGACCCUCUCUAAUUUUGAAGACAACGUGUUUCCUAUUCAGCAGGUUUUUCAGAUUGUACAAGGUUGUUUUCCUGUAUCACUAUGUCGGACGAAGAACCCGUUGAUCAGAAGAAGUAUUUUGAAGAUUUAUGCAAACCUAAAUGUGUUAGAGCUUGGCUUGACUAUCAGGGAUGUGUGAAAAGGGUUCAGGCUGACGAAACUGGCCACAAACAUUGCACUGGACAAUACUUUGAUUAUUGGCAAUGUGUUGACAAAUGUGUUGCACCUAGGCUAUUUGCUAAGCUAAAGUAAUGAGAUAUAUGUCAGGAUAUGACACAUUUACUCUUCUCUUUUUGUUCGCAUUAAAACUCCGUUUUUUUUGGUACAACCAAUACCUUGAGUUGAAAAUGAAUAAGGAGUGACUUAGUUGCCAUGAAUUUAAUCAGUUAUGGUGGCCACACCUCGUUGUAAUUUGAUGUGAAUUAUUGGAGGAGGUCUUAAGUUUGCAGCAUAUAUGCUCUUUUAUGAA